AUGGAGGUAAGCGAACAACGCACAAGGUACAAGAUCGAUGAUGCUGUCCCCAAGCCCAACAACACAAACAUCGAUCUUCGGUUAUUGGCAAUGUAUGCAGAGUCAGCGGGCCUUGUGGGUAUUGAUGGCCCUAGGGAUGAAUUGAUUCAGUUGAUGGAUAGAGAUGGUGUUCCUUCAUAUCAGCUAAAGGUGGUCUCAAUUGUGGGAUUUGGAGGCCUUGGAAAAACUACACUUGCAAAUCAGGUUUAUCACAAGUUAGAGGGGGAGUUCCAGUGUACAACUUUUGUUUCUGUGUCCCAAAAACCAAACAUCAGGAAAAUUCUGAGAACUAUAUUGUAUCAUGUUGGCUUUAAUAACUCCAGUAUACAAACAUGGGAAGAAAAUGAACUGAUUAGUGUACUUCAAAAGUUCCUUUCGGACAAGAGGUACUUUAUUGUAAUUGAUGACAUAUGGGAUGCCUCUGCAUGGGAUAUUAUUAGGUGUGCUCUCCCAGAAAACAUGAAUGGUAGCAGAGUAAUAACAACUACACGAAUUGAGACUCUGGCCAGAUCAUGCUGCAAUAAUAACUCUGAAUAUGUUUAUAAGAUGAAGCCACUUAGUGACCAAGACUCCAGAAGCUUAUUCUUCAAAAGGAUAUUUGGUUCAGAAGAUGGGUGUCCUCCAUAUUUGAAAGAAGUUUCAGUUGGAAUUUUGAAAAAGUGUGCUGGUUUGCCACUUGCAAUUAUCACAGUAUCUAGCCUUCUUGCAACUCAACCAGUCAAACUGAAAGAGCGCUGGGAGUAUGUACUGAACUCUUUGGGCUCCAACUUUGAUGUGAGCCCAAGCUUGGAAGGCAUGAGACAAAUAUUGAAUCUCAGCUACAUAAAUCUUCCUCAUUAUUUGAAAACCUGCAUGCUGUAUCUAGGUAUUUAUCCACAGGACUACACAAUCCACACGGUUGAUUUGACUAGACAAUGGGUAGCUGAAGGUUUCAUAAGUAAAUCUCAUGGAAUUGAUCAAGAGGAUGUAGCAAAGAGCUACUUUAAUGAGCUUAUGAACAGGAGUAUGAUUCAACCAGUAGACACAGACCAUAAUAGCGAGGUGAUGUCUUGUAAGGUACAUGAUCUGAUGCUUGACCUUAUCCUACAAAAGUCCAGAGAAGAGAAUUUCAUUGCCGUGAUAUAUGACAUACAAGACAUGACAAGACAGCACGACAAAAUCCGUCGACUCUCCCUUCACCUGGAUGGUGAAAUAGAUGACACAGGAUUGGAAUCCAUCCAGCUAUCCCAGAUAAGAACAGUAGCUGGAUUUCGAACCUCUUCCUUAUAUGGGCCUCGCCUUACACUGUUCAAGCACCUUCGAGUUUUUACAAUUGAAAUUUCAUCCACUUAUGGUAUACCGAAGUCAGUUGAUCUAAGUGGAAUAUAUAAUUUGUAUCAACUGAGAUACAUAAAGGUCAAAUCUUAUGAUGCAGUAGUCAUACCUACUGAAAUUGUGGGUAUGCAGCUAUUGGAGACGUUUCAUUUACCAGGUUCCCAUUGGAGUUCAUCUUGCCGUUUGAGUUUGUCAUCAUGUCCAGGGGAAUAUAUUGAUCAACUUCCAUCGUAUAUUGUUCAUAUGAGGCAUUUAUUGCAUCUGGUUGUUCCAGAGGGGAUACUAUUGCCUGAUGGGAUCGGGAACAUGAAAUCCUUGCGUACUCUACACUACCCUGAUUUCACAAAUGACUCACUAGACAAUGUUAAGGGCCUCAAAGAACUGACGAAUUUCAGGGAUCUUGAUAUCGGACGUUCUUACAUCUCAUUUCCAUAUAGUGAUGAGAUGAUGGAGAAAGUCAGGGAAAUUCUACGCGCUUGCCUUGAAAAACUUUGCAACCUCAAAUAUCUAUGUAUUAGAUCUGUUUUUGAUAAUAUGCGUGCAUGCUUGGAUAUACUCUGUUCUGUCCCAGCUUCUUUCUGCCAUCUCCAGAGAUUGCAUAUACAUGGUAGUUUCUGGUUUUCUAGAGUCCCAGAGUGGCUUUGCCAACUACGUGGCCUCUGUGACCUGUGUCUACCUGUUAAGGAGGUUCUAGAGGAUGAUGUUGGAAUUAUUUCACAGCUGCCCUCCCUUGUCUUCUUCGACUUGUACAUCGGUGGAGUUGCUAAAGAUAAGGUCAUCAUCCGUGGAACAGGAUUCCCUGCUCUGAAGCAAUUUACAUUUAGCUGUUGCAGGAUAUCCUACCUGACCUUCGAGGCAGGGGCAAUGCCAAAGCUUGAAAGGCUUGAGCUAUGUUUCAAUGCACAAGGAUGGGACAGGUAUGGUGGUAUGCCUGCUGGCAUCGAGUACCUAUCAGGCCUCAAAGAAAUCAUCGGAGACAUUGGAUGUGACGUUGCCAAGGAGUCCAACAUAAGGGCUGCAGAGUCUGCGCUGAGGGACAUGGCUGGCCUGCACCCAGGUCACCCUGUAUCCAACAUCAAAUUCGACAGCGGAAGGACUGUAUUUGAUGGCAUGUAUGAUGAGCCCGAUGAAGAGGAGGACGGGGAAGGUGGGAGUAGCGCCUGA